AUGGCGAAUUGGACAAUCAAGAACGUUGCUGAGUGGUUGAUAGCAAAUGGUUUUAAAAGACAGGUUAAAAUAUUUAAAGAUAGAAAGAUAGAUGGUAAUGCUCUAAUAAAAUUAAAAGAUGAUGAUAUUAUGCAACUACUUUCGGAAGUUAAUGAAGAUGGAAUGAUACAAGAACCAACAAUUGGAAUAAAAAGUAGAUUUAGAACAAUGUUAAUAGAAUGGAAGAGGGAAAAUGAACACAAAAAUCAAAACAAUCAAAAUGAAAAUACUAAUGGUUCAUCUAAUGUAACUGAUUUAAAUGAGGUUAAACAUCAAGAAGAAAUUGUUUCUAAAAAAACUAAAAAGAAAAAUUCUGAUAAAAUUCUAUGUGAAGUUAAUUAUUUAGUUGAUGAUGAUAUUCAUAUACAAUUUUUUCGAAAUCCAAAAUUUCUACCAUAUUUAAUUAAUUAUAUAAAACAAGAAACAUAUGCAAUUGAUAUUGAUAUUCAACAAGUGUAUUCAGAAGAUGAUAAAUUAUUCCUUUAUUAUGUUAUUAAAUUAAUAGGAAAAAAACAACAAAAUCGUAUUGUUCGAAAUUUUAUUAAAAAUUUAUUUAAAUCAAUAAAAUUAAAAAAUUAUCAUCAAAAUCAAAUAAAAAAAUGGUUAUUUAAUUUAACAUUAAUUGAUAUUAUUCAAAAUAUAUUUGAUAAUGAAAAUCAUUUAUUUACUGUAUGUCAAUUUAGUAGAUUAAAUAAUAAAAUUUUAGAAAUUUAUUAUUUUGACGAUGAAAAAUUUAAUUCUUUUCAAAAUCUUAUUGAAAUUGAUAAUAUUAUUCAAAAUCAAAUUUUACAAGAAAAUAUACUUUUAUCAUCAAACAAAUAUUUACAAACUAUUGAAUUUAUAGAUAUAAAUACACAAAAAAUUUUAUUAAAAUAUGAUGUUAAUCCAACAGAAAAAUAUGAAGAAGAAUUUAAUAAAUAUAUAAAUCAAUAUGAACAAGAUCAUAUGUUAAUUUCUAUUACUCGAAAUCCAUAUUAUAUUAAUAGAAAUAAAACAAAAGAUAUUAUUAAAAUAUUUGGAUAUCAAAAAUUUGUUAAUGAAGUUUUUCAAAAAUUCAAAAAUUUAUUUGAUAAAUAUCGAUUGAGAAAAUAUAAAUUUAGUCAAAUGUCAUCUGAUCAACUUGAGUAUCUUGCAAACUUUUGUUCCGAAGAAUUGCAUAAUAUUGAAAGAGAAUUUCCAAAUGAUUAUAUAAAAUUACAUGUUCGACAAAAUCAAUUUUAUGCACCAGAAUAUUUAAAAAAUGAAAUUCAAAAUUCUAUAAUAAAUUUAUUAUCUAAUUUACAAAUGAUUACUUUCAAAAGUAAAGAAUUAUAUUAUGAUAUCGCUGAUAAAUUAUGUUCAAAUAUAAAAAAUAUUGCUCAACAAAACCGUUGUUAUUGUGAAUUAAAACUUAAAAAAAAAUUAAAAUCCUAUCAAAUUCCGAAAUCUAAUCAAAAUACAUCGAUUAUUUCGAAAUCAUUUAUUGAACAAUCAAAUUUAUUUUGUUCAUCACCAUUUGUUUAUUGUCAAACAAAAUUAACUAAUGGAACAAUUGAAGUUCUUAUGGGUGAUAUCGCUUUACAAAAAGUCGAUAUUAUUAUUAUUCCGUCAACAUCAUUUGGAUUAAAAGAAAGUUUAAUCGAACGCGCUGGUGAAAUCAUUGAACAACAACCAUCAAGUCAAGAAGAAAAUGAAACAAGUUCAAUCUCAUUUAUUACUGAAACAACAAGUGGAAAAUUAAAUUGUAAAAAAAUUCUAUUUAUAAAUUGGUCAUUACCAACAAUGAUAACAAAUGAUGAUCAUUUAAGUGAUUCGAUUCGUUUAUUUAUUUCGAAAUCGAUUCAGUAUGUUAUCAUGGAUAGUCAACAAGCAAAUUUAAAAAUUCAAUCUAUUGCAUUUGCAGUUCCUGAUUCAUGUAAACAGGAACAAAUAUUAGCAGAAGAAAUGAUUGAAGAAACAAUGAAUCAAAUUAAUAUGACAAAAUCUAUAUCAUUAAAAGUAUCAUUUGUUUUAUUACCAGAUCAACAAACAUUACAUCAACAAUUUUUAAAUGUUAUUCAAACAAUACAAACAAUAAAAGAUAGUUUUGGAAUUUUCUAUUGCUCAGCAUCAACUAUUACAAUUACACUUACAUCAUUAAAUACUGAAUAUUUAACAAAAUGUGAAAAACAAAUAAAUAAUUAUUUAAAUAGAUCUAUAUUUAAAAUGACUUUAAAUGGAUUUGAAAAUUGGAAUCAAUACAUGAUCAAUGCUUUUUAUAAAUAUUCUAAAGAUAGAUAUGUUUUACCUAAAUUAGAUAAUAAACAACAAAUUAUAUUAUAUGGUCCUAUAAAUAAUAUUUAUGAAGUUAUUCAAAAAUAUCAAUUAAUAAAUAAAUUAAUUCAAGAUAAAACAAAUUUAUUAUCACUUUUUACAAAAAAUACAUCAUUAAAUAAUUUCAAUAUAAUGUUAAGUUAUUCACCAAAUGAUACAAUUAUAUCACAUCGUUUAGCUAAUCGUCUUAUUGAUGAAGGCUUUACUAUAUGGAUAAAUUCAAAUCAAUCAAUAGAAUUCAAUCAAAUAUUAAAAGAAAUAAAUAAAUCUGAUUGUAUUAUUCUUUGUAUAAGUGAAAAUUAUUUUGAAAAUGAAUUAUGUGAAAAAGAAGCAAAAUAUGCUAAUGAAAUAGGAAAAUCUAUGAUUCCAGUAAAAGUUCAAAAUUAUGAACCAAUUGAAUGGUUAUAUAAAUUAAUUGAAAAAGAAUCAUAUUUUCAAUUAUUUGGAUCUGAAAAUCAUUUUAAUUUAGAAUAUGAUAAAUUAUUAUUAAAAAUUUUACAAUGUAUAAGAUACAAUCAUGUAUCUUCAUUUGAACAAACAUCCAAUCGAUCAAAUGAAUUGCAACAUAAUGAUCUCAUUGAAUCUUUUGAAGAUAAUAACACAUUAUUAUAUUUUCUACUAACACCAGAACAAAAAAAAUUAAAAUAUGAAAAGAAUAUAAAAAAAUUAAUAAAAUUAGAAAAAGGAAAAAUAACUGAAGAUGAUAAGAAAAUUCUUAUUGAAAAAGUACAAGAUAUUAUGCAUGACAAAGAAAAACAAUGUCAAACAUAUCUCUCUCAAUGUAGAUGGAACUGGCAUAUGAAUCCGUUGAGCAUGUUCUGGCGUUUCACAAAUCCAUCUAGUCCUGCUCAUCAACAAAAACUGAACGAAAUUACACAAUGUAUAUGGUUUGACAUUGGAAUACUAUCUUAUCAACAAUGGUUGAAUAAAAUAGAAAAUUUAAAUACAAUAUUAAAUAUUCCACCAUUUACAUUCACUGGUGAUAUUAAUAAUGCCAUAUUUCCUAUGUUCAAUGAAGCUUUGAAAAAUUCAUAUCUUUUAUAUUCUUUGGGACAACAUUAUUCUUUACCAAAUGAAUUAGAUUAUCUUUCAGACAAGAAAAAUAUUCGUUCUAUGAGUCGUUCGUCAACAUCAGAAAAAUUAAUUAUAUUAAAACAACAAGACAGUACUAGUGAAAAAUCAAAUAAUGAUGAAAACGAUUCUCAAACAACAUCAGAUCAAACAAAAAGUUCAAUCAUUUCUCCCUCUAAAAGUAAAAACAUAAUAAAUAAAAAUAGAAAACAAAGAAAUAUCAAGAAAAACUAUAAUGAACAAAAAAUUAUUAUUCCUGAUGAACCUCUUAUAAAAACUUCUUUAAGAGAAGAUCGAAAUCUCGAAUUCAAAUUAAAAUUUGCCAAACAAAUGCAGAAAAAUGAAUAUGAAUUUCAAAAGUUUUGUAAAGAAUAUCAACAUUCAUUAUAUUUAUCAUCGAAAAAAAGCAUUCGUAACUAUCCAACAGUCAUGUUUGGUCCAUCUCCAUUUUCAAACAUAACAAUCGAACCACUUAAAACAGUACAAAGACAUAAUAAAAUUGAAUUACCAUUAAAAUUUCCUUGGAAUGGAGUUUUCGAUACAAAACCUUCAUCAAUAGCAUGGAAAGAUCCAUCAAUAUUCUUCUUCUUCGAAGCAACAUCAUCACAAAAAAACUAA